CAACCUUGAGUAUCUGGCAACCUGAAGUGUCACUGAGGAAGCAGCAUCCUUCGAGCUAACGCUAUUACAUUAAUUUCUUCUAAUCUCUAUACUUUAAAAUUAUUUACCUUACGUUAUACAAAUAUAACUGACACCACUUUAGAUAAAACAAUCGUAACGUUGCGCUGUCGCAAAUUUUAUCUGUAUUUUGUUUUUUUACAAAACAUCCGCGACUAGCUUGUAGCCCGUAGCCCGCUAGCAUCACCUACCGCUAGCCUUGUUUACGUUUCACAUUUCUCACUUACCGCUGUUCUGUUUAAAAAAAAACAAAUAUGUCUGCUGUCUCUCCGGUUUUGAGUGCAGAUGAGGACUCGCUUGAGCUUCACAUGGUGUGGCUGGAACUGGACGAUGUGGAGAAGCAGAUCCGCGGCCUACUCGACAAGCAGGCCCAGCUGCUGGAGCGACAAAUUGCGCUGGAAACAUCUUGUGCCUCUGCCCACAUAUCCAAGGUAAGCACACAGCGUGGUAUUUCCACUCCCAGCCCCUCUACGCCGUGUGUUUCUCUGUGCAGGGACCGUGCACCUAGGACUUUCCCAGCCGUGGUCUCCGUCACGCCGGCGCCAACACACCUCGGGCCUUGGGUGAACCAGCGGCGAAAGGCGCGGGCUGGACCCUCUCCACCUCCGGUGUUCGAGAUUCCAACCAGGAACCGCUUCGCCCCUCUCCACCAGACCAGACCCAACGCUGUGAUCGUCGGGGACUCCAUUGUGCGGAACGUCCGUGUAGCCUCAUCUAAAGGUAAGGUGCGCACACACUGUUUUUCUGGUGCUUGUGUCCUUGAUGUCGCUGCGCAGGUAUCCGGGAUCCUGAAGAAGGACGAGCGCAUUGGAGCGGUUGUGCUGCACGUGGGGACGAACGACACCAGGCUGCGGCAGACGGAGGUUCUGAAGAGGGACUUCUCCAGCCUGAUCAAGACGGUACGAGGCAGAUCACCCACCGCGAAGAUCAUCGUCUCUGGACCUCUUCCCACAUACAGACGUGGAGCAGAAAAGUUCAGUAGACUGCUAGCAUUAAAUGAUUGGUUAGUCUCUUGGUGUAAUGAGCAGAAUCUGGUGUUUGUCAAUGACUGGACUCUGUUCUGGGAGCGUCCUAGGUUGUUUCGUCCUGAUCGCCUGCACCCCAGCAGCCUUGGAGCGGAACUGCUUUCAGACAACAAUUCCAAGGCGCUACACUCCAAGUGACUGCCUACCUCAUGAUUAUCUUUUUUCUCCCUCUCUCCUUUCGCCGAGCCCCACACGAAUUUAUGGAUACUAGAGAUCCUGAUCCUUUCUGCCUCUGGAUGGAGCUCAAAUCUUCUUUAAUUCCAGACUGCUGGGACUACGGCUGCUCUUAACGCCAUACAGACUUCAUAUAAAUCCAUAAUGAACUCUUUCACAAUAUCUGUUGUUACCCAGAUGAGGAUGGGUUCCCUUCUGAGUCGGGUUCCUCUCAAGGUUUCUUCCUCUUAAAACAUCUUAGGGAGUUUUUCCUUGCCACCGUCGCCACUCAGUGGCUUGCUCAGUUGGGAUAAAUUCGCACCUUUAAUAUCUGUAUACCGUGUUGAUAUUUCUGUAAAGCUGCUUUGAGACAAUGUCUAUUGUAAAAAGCGCUAUACAAAUAAAAUUGAAUUGAAUUGAAUCUA